CCGCUGCCCACCAACAUGGCGAAGACCUACGACUACCUGUUCAAGCUGCUGCUGAUCGGCGACUCGGGCGUGGGCAAGACCUGCGCGCUGUUCCGCUUCUCCGAGGACGCCUUCAACGCCACCUUCAUCUCCACCAUCGGAAUCGACUUCAAGAUCAGAACGAUAGAACUCGAUGGCAAGAGAAUCAAGCUGCAGAUCUGGGACACGGCCGGGCAGGAGCGGUUCCGGACCAUCACCACCGCCUACUACCGGGGAGCCAUGGGUAUUAUGCUAGUGUAUGACAUCACCAAUGAAAAGUCUUUUGAAAAUAUUCGGAACUGGGUGAGGAAUAUCGAGGAGCACGCCUCUCCAGAUGUUGAAAAAAUGAUCCUGGGGAACAAAUGUGAUGCAAAUGACAAAAGACAAGUCUCUAGAGAGCAAGGGGAGAAGCUCGCUGCAAGCUUCGGGAUUAAAUUCAUGGAGACCAGUGCAAAAGCAAAUAUAAACAUAGAGAAUGCAUUUUUCACUCUUGCAAGAGAUAUCAAAGCAAAAAUGGACAAGAAGUUGGAAGGCAAUAGCCCUCAAGGCAGCAACCAGGGAGUCAAAAUCACACAAGACCAGCAAAAGAAAAGCAGCUUUUUCCGAUGUGUUCUUCUGUGAGGGACACGGCCUUAAUCUGAGCUGGACUGUGCCUGUGCUAAGUGAGGUUUCCUCUUUCUGUGGACUUAGUGCUCCCAACAUACCUUGUCACUCUGUGACCAUCUGAAUAAGAAAUGGCUUAUUUUGGUAAUUGUCUGACUCUUCAAUUUUGGAGAUGAAACAAGUUUAUUUUUGUCAGAUUGCCACUGGGCAUGUGUAUUGUCUAGCAGAGGAAGAACAGAUCACAUGUGACCUGGGACGCAGCACCAUUGCUUCGGUCUUCAUUCGUAUCUGUCACGUAUCCAGUUUAGAAAGAUGAAGUUGUGAUCAAAAUAAGAAACGUAAAUGCCACUGUUAAUGAAGUACAGGUAUGCAUAGAUGGUACAUGUGCAUAUCCAGUGUGUAGCUGCACACUGAAUAGUGGCAUGAGACCAUCCUAGAAACGCACCAAGGUGAGCAGUGCAGGCUGAUGCCUUCCCAGGAGGUACAAAGGAGCUUUCUGCUGCUCCACCUUUUAAAUACUACAGAGAAGCUCCUUCAUCUGCCUGUCUCAUACUCAGCGGUGUUACUCUAGACAAUCCACAAGUACAAUUGAUGUUUUAAAAAAAAUCUCCUCAAAGGAAUCUAUUUUUUUAAAAAAAGAAUGUGUGCUGUACAUAGAAUGGGUCCUUACCAUUGGUAAUUCAUCCACGUUAGACUUGACUGUGGUUAAUUAAGUACUCCAGACACUCAGACGUGUUUAACAGGAGCUGAUGGCUACACGAAGUCCUGUACAGAUGAUCUGUCAUUUGUUCUUGGAGAACCAGGGUCAGGCAGGGACACUUACACAAAACCUGUCACCUUACAAUGGGUGGCUUUACCACUCUCCAGCUGGGAAUGACUCCAGACCCAUCAUGACAGAGUAGGUAGUUUUAAAUCAUGACAAGGAAAAGUAUUGCACUGCUCCCAGUCGUGUGUUCCCAA